AUGGACGCCGAGAGGAAUCUAAAAGCUAUUGUCUAUAACAAAUCCCGACGCUGGGCCGGCCAUACAUUUUAUGUCGAUGUGGAGGAGGGAGCGACGGUCGGGGAUUUUAAGAAUGCCGUGAUGCACCAAACGAAGAUCCCGCCCGACGAGAUGUGGGUCGUUUUUGGAGUAACCGAGCUGAAAGACAACGUGCAGCUCGCUGAUGUGCAUAUCCGAGACGGCUACACCCUGUACGUCACCCCAACCACCGUAGAAUUCCCUGAAUACCCUAAUUUG